CUUGCUCUCUCUCUCGUGCCCAAAAAAGUCGUUGUCUCUCUUUCGUUUUCUUUUUACUAUCUUAUCGAGAAAAUUUUUAAAAAUAAAAAAUAAAGAAAUCAAAGGGAGAGGAAAUCGCGGAGGAAAAGAAAAGAAGAAACAAAUUGGCACUUGUGUGAUUUUCCAAUUUUCUAGAGAGAGAGAGAGAAGACUAGAGAGGUUCAAAGUUGUGUGGGAGAGAGAGAGAAGAGUUUGUCUUAAAUUCGAGGUUCUCGCCAUUUACGCCAUUGAUUGAAUCAACAACAAGAGAAGUGCGUUGAAGUUGAGGUUUAGAUCUUUUGUUAGGGUUAAGGGAGUGGUGAAUUGGAGUGCAUUAUCUAGAAGAAGAAGAAGAAGAAGAAAUGGGAGAUACAGAGACAGAUAUGAUCCACAGACACCAUUCAUCAUUCGGAACUUCACCUUGUUCAAUUCCCAAGCAGAAGCAGAAGCAGAAGCUGGAAAUAAACCCUAAUGUAAUCAGUAGGUCGAGUGAGAGUGGGAAAAGAGUGGGGGUACCUCCGACAUCUCCCUACUCUCAGAUCCAUACUAGUCACUCGCGGUCAAUGUCACAGCCUUCCUCUUUCUUCUCCUUGGAUUCCUCUUUGCCUCCCUUAAGCCCUUCUCCCUUUCUUCGUGAUCACAUGGACGACAGAGACUCCCGCCCCUUUUCCAACAACAACAACCACCCUUCUUCCUUGUUCCCUCCAUCUCCCAGAAAUUCUCACCGACGCUCCAACAGUGAUAUCCCCACCGCCUUCCCUCCUAGACCCGUCUCCGGCGGUGAAUCUUCUGCCAAUCCUUUCGUCAAGAAGGAAGACAGAGAAGCCAUGGAUGAUCUCUUCUCUGCCUAUAUGAAUCUCGAUGCCUUAAACUCCUCCGACAAUCUCUCUCGCGAUGAUAUGGAGAGCAGUAGAGCUAGCAAGACUAACGGCGGUAGUGACACUGAGGGAGAGAGCAGCAGUGUCAAUUACGAGAGUGGCGGCGAUCACAAUAACUUGAAGAGAAGAGCCGCAGACAUUGCUCCUCCUCCUACCACCAGACAUUACAGGAGUGUUUCUGUUGACAGUUGUUUCAUGGACAAGCUCUCUUUUGCUCAAGACUCCCUUAAGCCGCCUCCUUCCCCUAUGUCUCGGAAAGUUUCCCCUACCAAUUCGGUUGAUGGUGCUGCAGCUGCAUUUAGCAUGGGUGAGUUUAAUAAGAAGGGAGAGUUCAGUGCUGCUGAAAUAAAGAAGAUCAUGGCCAAUGAUAAACUUGCUGAGAUGGCCCUCUCUGACCCUAAGCGUGUCAAAAGAAUCUUGGCGAACCGUCAGUCUGCAGCGAGGUCAAAGGAGAGGAAGAUGAGGUACAUUGUGGAAUUGGAACACAAAGUGCAGACUCUUCAGACCGAGGCUACUACUUUGUCUGCUCAGCUCACCCUUUUGCAGAGAGAUAUGAUGGGGUUGACAAACCAGAACAAUGAGCUCAAGUUUCGUCUUCAAGCUAUGGAGCAGCAAGCCCGACUUCGCGAUGCUCUGAACGAAGCAUUGAAUGGGGAAGUCCAGAGACUGAAACUGGCAAUUGGUGAGAGCGAAUCUGACAGAUCAAAGAUGCAAUCACUCAACGCUGACAUGUUCCAGCAACUCAACAUCAGCCAGUCAAGACAGCAGCAGCAGCCUCACCAGAAUGGUGGAACCCUGUCCACAAAACCUGAAUCCAAUGAAUAACAGAGCUGUUGCAGUUGCUGGCUGGAUCAAGGAAUUGGAUGGAGUCUUUUAGUUUUUCUUUUUCUUUUUCUCAAGUUACAUAUCAAUCAGUCAAACAUCAUAUAUCUCUAUAUCUAUUUUAUGUGCAGAGUCUGUUGAAUUUUUCAUAUAUAAGUCCAAGAAGUUUAAUUUUACAGUAUUAUUAUUUUAGAAAACAGAAAGAAAAAAAAAAAACAGAGAAAGAGAUUCUCUGUUUGUUUUCUACUA